AUGGACCCCAGCCCUGUGCAACCUGUUAAGCUGGCAAGGACCAGCUCGCAGGGACAGCGCACGCAAGUGUGCGUGCAAUUUGUGGAUGACACAAACCAGUCCAUCACCUGUGAUGUGACAGGCCCCAUGUGCGAGGGUGACGUGCUCACCCUGUUGGGGUCAGAACAAAAGGCUCCAAGGCUGUGCUGA